AUGGAAGGGAACACCCAGCUCAUGAAGGUGAUCCAGGAAAUGCGUUCUGAGAUCAACAAGCUAGAAAAGGAGAAUAAGGCUCUCCGAGUGGAGCUGGACUUCACCAGCCAGAAGGCCUCUGCUUGGGAAGGCAACAGAGAAAAAGGGGAAGCCAGAAGGACCAGCACUCUAGGGGAAGAGCUGGUCACUGCACCCAUAGCCAUUCACAGGACGGUCUCAGCGGAUUCUGCCCUGGCCCUGAAGGAACCCAAAGGUAAUAUCAUGACCGUUAGACGCUAUACCAUUUCCUCAUCUGUUCAUUCUUUUGCGGCCCAUGAGCAUUGUAAAUCGGGAAAAGGACACAUGAGCAGCGGCAUUCUAGAAGCCCAGGGAAUGAUGAAAUCACCAGCCUGCUCUCCAGUUACAAAGCUAGCCAACGAAGAUGGAAAGGGAUUUGCCGCAGGUUGUUUUACCAGCAACACUUCUAAUAAAAGGACUUUUCAAGACCAUGUUUUUAAGUGCAGGGGCAAAAUAAAAGCGGUGAGUUUCCUGUUACCCAUGGAGAUGUCAUCAUAUUCCAAAGACCCAGAUUCGUUGGAAUGCAUACAAAAUCAGAACCCAAAGCAGCUGAGCACCAUUAUGGAAAAAGACAUGUGAGACCAAUGAAUUUGUAAAGACCAUUUGAUUCUGAAGAUGAGAGCCCUAAAAUGAUCACUAUGUGUGUGUGUGUCAGGUUUCUUCUGCAAAGUGCUUUUGGCAAGAUCCCCGCUGGGAAUCACAAAAGACUUUGUGUCAGGUCACUGGCCUCUUGUUUGGCAAGGAAUCCCUGAAUCUGUUGAGAACAAUUGGUAAUGAGAUCUCCAUAGAUCUCAUUCUUGUACCUUGGAGGCCUGAUUUGUGUACAGUUGGCAGCUGCUGCAGGCCUCUUGCUCAUAAAAUGAAUCACUUCAUGGGAUAACAACAUGUCCAUGCUCAGACUGUGCUGUUCUUAUCUUCCCAGGAGAGACAAUUAGUCCCUUUGGA